GCUAGAGUGACAUGGCUGCAAACCAACAGGCAAUGCUUUCAGAGCAACCAAACUGUUGCUAUACUUCAGGGAGCACGUGAAGGUCCCAGCUCCAGGCGGCACGGCCUCGCUCCCCGGCGGCACUCCCACAGGAGGCCACGAUGACACCCGGGAGCUUUAGGAGCCCUCUGCUGUUCUGCCUGGUGGCCGCGUGCCUCGGCCCUGUCCAGGCUGAGGAGCUCGCGGCAGGCAGCCCGCCCUCACACAGCCGCCUCGAUAAGAACCUGGUGCAGGAUAAAGACCACAUCAUGGAACAUUUGGAAGGUGUUAUUGAAAAACCAGAGUCUGAGAUGUCUCCGCAAGAGCUGCAGCUUCAUUACUUCAAAAUGCAUGAUUACGAUGGCAAUAAUUUGCUAGAUGGGUUAGAGCUUGCUACUGCUAUAUCACAUGUCCACAAAGAGGAAGGUGGUGAGAAUACCCAGGCAAUGAAAGAAGAAGAGCUAAUUAGUCUAAUAGAUGACGUCUUAAGAGAUGAUGAUAAGAACAAUGACGGAUACAUUGACUAUGCAGAAUUUGCAAAAUCACUGGAAUGAGGUUUUGAAGGGGCCUUGUUUCUCCGUCUAACUGAAUGGAAAUGUGACCCGGUAUAAUGUGAUUUAUUAAUCAUGUCAACCUUUGUGCUGAGGUAUUAGUGAGCGGAGGUGCACCAGUCCCAGUUGAAUUUGUUUGCAAAUUGUAUGUGUUAAGAGGCUGGCUAUCUCAGAGUGAUAGCCAUGUUUGACUAAAUGUAGGUACAUAUUUGAAUCUCAAAUCCUGGAAGCAUCAAAAUAUUUCCAUACGCUACAGCUGGCAAACUCUUAAGGAGCUCUGUGCUAAUACUUAAUACAAUCAAAUACAGUCUAAAUUCCUUUUUUUUUGAUUGGAUUAUAUAAAACUUGUUUGCUUACAUCUUCUGUUUUAACUUAUGAAAUACCUAGAAAGAAAGAAAAGAGGAUGACUGCAUAAAGCUGUAUAUCAAGAAGAAAUUUUUGUACAAGUACAGGUGCUUGAAACAGCAAUUGUAGAAGAAAAGUGUUUGAAGGUGGUUUGUGUUUGAAUUCCCUGUGAUAUCACAUGGGCUUUUACACUAUCAUCUUCAAAGAAUCUGAGUAUUUUUAAAUAUACGUAGUUGCUAGCGUACCCUUACACAUUAUAUAUAAAUAUACAUGAUUUUCAGUUUCUUCUCAUCUUUCAGAAAUUUACUUUUUAUAUUGUAUUUUACUAAAUUUUUCUCUACCUUCCGUGGUCUCUUCCUAAGAAAAUGAAAGUAUUUUUAUUUCAUACGCAAUGUUGUAUUAAUGCUGCAUAACAUUUACUAGAAUACCUUCUGCUAUCCCAUUUUGAAGGUCACGUUAACUGUAAACCAGUUCAAUAUUGAAUUUUCAAUUUGGUUCUGAAAGUAUUAGCCAGCAGGAUAAUCUGUGAGCAAGUAAUGCUGCCUUGUUGAGGUUUAAUUUCAUAUUUCUUUACACAUAAAUUACAGUGUUACUUUCAGGAGGUAUUUAAUCACUGUUUCAAGAUACUUGAAUGUCUGUGAACAAACAUGGUUCUAGGAAUGUUUUCACUCUCCUGACUCAAUACUUGCUAGGUCAAGCAGUUUAAGGAUAUUAGACAAUGAUGUACUGCUGCUUUAUUGGUAUUUGGUAACUAUAAGGCAUAGCUGAAAUCUUAAAUUGCAUUCAAACAUUGUCCACGAAUAGAGAAUCUAAAUGUUAGCAUUUCUGUAAAAUGCAUAAAGAGCUAUUUUCUGUACAAAAUUAUUCUUAUACAAGAGAAACACAUUUGUAAAAGAAAUUAUUUCAUUCGUUUAAAUGUUUGCGCAAUGGAUCCUGUGUUGGACACUUUUUUUAAUUUUUUUUUUUUUUUUUUUUUUGUAAUAACUAUGUGGCCAGGGUCGUGCUGGUUGUACAAGCAAUAAAAAGAAGUUGGGAUUCUAACACUUCAGAGCCAGCAUCUAAUGUGGGAAGUUCUAGUGAGGCAUGUGCUUGAUUUUCCAAUACAAAGCCCAUCUGUGUUACUAGCAGCUGUCUUAAAAACAGUGUUUUGGUUUUUUUAUUAUUAUUAUUUCCAUGGUAAUAAAUUUGGAGUAAAAGUUGCAUCUGAAGAAA